AUGAUCGUUCCUCAAUCGGGAAGCAACAAGACCCCGAAAGGAGUAUCACUCUCGCCAUUCAAUCAUUCGUCCGUACCGACCACAACAAAUGUACAUGGUACUCAUUCUUCUACAAAUUUGAGACCAAAGACACUUCAAAUUUCAUCACCCAUUCAAUCUUCAAGUAACAAUAAUUACCUUCCGAAAAUUGGUAUGUCUAAUUGUAGCAACAACAUCAACUCUCCAACAAAAUCAUCACGCCAAAGAGAGCAGCAACCAUCGAGUAGGUCUUCAUUGCGUUGCUCAUUCACUCCUCCAAAAAAGAUCAACGAUCGCCAAGCUCCUACCAAUGGUGGUAGCUCAAAAUCUCGCAAGUCAUUCUCGACAGGAACAAAAUCACGAACAGAAACGACAGGCACUGUUCCAACUACUAAAACCUUCAAUAUCGAUUGUAAAUGUCGUAGCAAUCAUUCUCCCUCCAAUCGCCAUGUGGCGGAUUCUUCUUCCUUACCACACUUCAAUCACCAACAAUUAUUUGAAAAGCAACAACUUGUGACUUCAGCCAAACAAAGACGCUCUCUGUCGUCACUAACUCAUUCUACUCGUACGUCGAUACAACAAGAGUCACGACCACAACUCGGAGAAGUGGAAGAAUUAGAUAGUAGUUCUACUCAUUGGACUGCCGAUAGUCACUCACUGCUGACUAGUCUUCUUUUCAAAGAGAGUAACCAGUCGUCGUCCUCUUCUGUCAGUAAUCAUAGCGGUAGCAAUCAUGAUCUGACUGUACACAAAGAACUACUCAUAAACCCCUUCAAAGACCUCUCCAACAGCUGUAAAUAUUUACCAGAAAUUCCUAGACCCAAAGUUCCCGAUUUGUCUGACAGAAACCAAAGCAUGUUCACAAAAUUGGUCAAAAUUCAAAAUUUCAUCAAUUCAUUUGAAUAUAACUAUAUUGACCAACAUUUCUUUGAUAUUACAAGACUGAGACCUCUGAAAAGCAUCAUUUCCACAGCAAAAGAAAUUAUCAAUGAUUGUCUUCCGAUAAGAUGCGUCGAGGGAACCUUUCUUGCCAUCUAUUUCACACAAGAAUUGGAAGAUGUGGAACGUUUCAGCGUAUUUUUCGAGACUGAAAUGACAGCGACACGAGCAAUUUACAGACACAUUGUUCUCGUGGUUCGAUUUAAAUCCAAGUAUGGAGCACUCGGAUUAUCGAGAAAGGAAGAUUUAUAUUACAAGCCCCUUUCGUAUGGAUGUUUGUCAGAAAUUUUGAGAGAGUACAUGUUAUCCUAUUCAAAGUAUGGACAUCAAGUGAAUGUGAUUUUUCUGUCGCUUCCCAUUUCGCAUGACUCACAAUCGAAGGAAAUUCCAGUUUGGAACUUUCUUAAACUUGACCUUCGAAAACAUUCCUUGGAUCGCCUAAUGGAGAAGGCAAAUCAAUAUAUGAGUGAAGUCACUCAAACGAAUGGCCAAGCUCUCUUCGAAAAGAAGAGACGAAAACAAAGCAAAAUUCCAACCUCUCCAUGUUCGUCCCAUGAAUAUAAUCAGGAUUGUUCUCAAUAUUGA